AUGCGAGCCGCCACUCAUGAAGAGGAGGACCUAGAGAGCUCCGAACUUGAGCUUUCGCCGCUAUCCUCGUCCGAUUCGUUUGAACCUAAAGCAUUUGAAGGUAAACCGGUGGAAAUGAAGCGUCCAGCUGUCGGCAAAGAGCACUCGACAACGUCCAGAGACCUGGCCUCUGUUAAGAGCAAUGUGACGCUUAAAGGAGAAGGCCUACCAGCACAAAGAGAAACUUCUUCGUCGUCAUCGUUGUCAGCUGUGGAUAAAGCUGUGACUCGAAACCUAAAUGAGGGACGUUCUGAAAGUGUCGCAGCUCUUGAGAAAGAAGGUCUUGAUUUACACAAGAAGGCUAUUCCCGACAUCAACAAUCCCGUCGCGAUUUCCGCGGAUGCUGAAUUUCCCGAGGAGUACAACCUAGAGACUGACACAGGUCUUGUGAAAGCCACUACUUUACAUCAACUGAACAGGCUUGAGAGCCGAACAUCGGUUCGUAGCAGUCAGUCGCAGAAAAGAUCGUUGAUUGCCUCCAUGGAACUUCCGGAUGCUACAAGCGUGAAAAGCACUGCUGACAGUGGGUUGGAUGCCGAAAAGCUGCGCAAGGCGGUCGAAAAGAAUAAAAGACAGAUUGAAAAAUAUCAAGAGCGCAAGAAAAGUGGUGGACUCAAGGGCUUUCUGGUCAAAUUCUUUCAUUGA